CCCCCCCCCCCCCCGAACAUCCUUUCAACUGUAAUACCUCACUGACACCUCCCCCCAAACCACAGCAGUACCCAAGCACGCUGCAUGUCAGACACUUCGGCCCCAGAUGCCGCUUUCCUCAGUAGUUAGCAACACUAAAAACAGAGCAGAAUCUCACUGGACACACACACAGCUACUCCAUCCAUCCCAGUGCAGUGUGAGAAGCGCUUUGUGUAUUGUUGUAGUCCAAGGGCUCGCCUGUAUGUCUGCUGUUACACUAGUAAGCUAUGAGAAGUAACUAGUUAAAGCCUGGUGAACCAAGUACACGUCUGAAGGAGCAGCAGAAUGGAAAAGAAACCAAGUCUCAGUGCCUUCUAUCUGGCUUUUCCUUGCAAAUAAUAUUCCUCCACACUUUGCCCAGUUUCUAGGAUGUUGUAGUCUGUUAAAGGGGAAUUCCAUCAAAUCUGACUUUCAGUGAGCUACGUUGCAAGAAGAGACAUUUUCAUAAAAAGUCACAAUGUUUUUUUCCUCUUGUUUAAUUGUAAAAAAAAAUUGGAAAAUAUCUGCUUCUGCGCAGUAACGAACCAAACGCCUGUAAUGUUGGAAUCUCCCCUGAAACAACCCUGAAAAUUCCCUUUUGAAUGGAGUUCAGACAGACGCAGCCUUUUUUUGCACCAAGUCUUCCAGACGUUACAGUACGAUACAGAUGCCUCUCUUUUAACGGAUCAAGUGCCUGUGUGGGUUUUGAUGCAGGAGACCAGGCAGUGUCUUUUCACUACAGUUUGUGAAGCUGAAGAUUAGAGGAGUUGCCAAAUAUGUUGCAGAGCCUUUUGAUUUGUUGAUCAGUGACUGUUUGCUUUUCAAGCACAGAAAUAUGCUAUGUUGUACAACACUACUACACAUUUUGUUAAGCAGCACUAACACACUCUUUAUGAUGGUUUUUCACCAAUAGAUCCAUGAAAGAGGAUUAAUAAUAACUUGUGUAUGGAGUUUAAUGCUAAACUUACAACUGUAUAAUGUGUGUUUGCAUUUUAUAGGCUUGCAUUUGCCAUGUUGCACUUAGAUGUCUUUCAUUAGGCACAUACAGCACACAGCAUCAGUUCAUCAUAAUCAAAAUAUGAGUGAGUAGGAUGUAGUUUUUUGAUAAAAAUGUGUUUUGACUGACAAGAUAAAUUCUGCUUGCAUCAGAGAGCCUUAAACUUUUAUCAGCCUGCGGGUCUAAUUAGAAAAAUAGUCUCUCACCCAGGGACUUCAUGUUGGGAAAAAGUGCUCUAGUUUUUGGAAACCAGCAAAGAAAGAUUCAUACUGAAGGUGACAACACACUUUUCUAGGUCAACGCAAUAUCAGUGAAAGGAAUGGUUCUGCAUUUUGGGAAAUAUGCUUGUUCACUUUCUUGCAGAGUUAGAUGAGAAGAUUGAGCAGUGACUUCCUGGCGUCUCUGCUGGUUGCAACUGCUCCCAACGUGUCUUAUUUACACGUUGGUUUUUGUACAGAAAACUGUACUUAUUAAUCUCUGAGCUUUAGAGGCAGAGCCAGGCUAGCUGUUUCCCCAUUUCCAGUCUUUAUGCUAAGCUAAACUAGUAAUAGCCUGUUGGCUCGAGCUUCAUAUUUAUUGUACAGGUAAAGCAGUAUCAAUCUUCACAUCUAACUCUCAUCAACAAAGCAAAUAAGAGUUUUCCCCAAAAUGUUCAACUAUUCCUUAAAUAUUGACAAAUGUUUUAAAACCAUGCACAAGUGACUGGAGAAUUCAUCAUGUCAUUGACUUAUUUUAUAGUGUGAUAACUGAUGCUGUGUAAAGGUAGUAGUUUUUGAACUUCCUUCUAUGACUAACCAUUACUUUACAGAUACUGUGUAGCACAUUUAAUUAGUCAUAGUUCAGUCAGCGGUGUUACUAUAAUGCUGUCUGACUCCAGUGUGUUAACUGUGCCUCAGCACACCAGUUUCACUGUAUUUAUUUGCAUGGUUUCCAAUCAUUGUAGAGAGGUCGUUGCUUUAUGUGUGUGUUUGAAGUGUAUAUGAAUUUAUUACACAUACGUAGCUGCACUGAUAUCAGCUUUUUUUUCGUAUUCCACACAUUAAUUUCCUGCCUUAACGGUUUAACUGAAGCUUCUGCGAGUGAAACUGUGACCUUUUUAAAAUAGCAGUUUUCUUUCCUCAGAGAGCACAUGUUUCAGUGUGGAAAUAGUUUCUAUAACAAGCUCCUUCUUGUUCGUGUCUCUCUCGAAGAGCACUAAUAAUAAUGGCCAUUUGGAAGGCUGGGAGGUUGAAUUCCUGUCAUGUGUCUGGUGAAAGUGACUACACACUGUUUUGAUUUGGAUCAGAUGAAGCUGCCAGCCGGUAUCAAAAGCAACAUCAGAAAACAUCACGUUCGCCCCGAUUUAGAAGCACAUCCUAUCGCGCUGUGUGCCGAGCCACAUCACCACAAUCUGUACAGCUGCAUUAGAUAUUCAGUGAUUUCAAGUUCGCACAAGAGCCUGCAACGAUGACAGUUUCUUUUUUGUAUACAUGAGAGUGUGAGUGAGGUAUUUAAUGACAUUUGAAAACGUUGGCUCUCUGUUAAAGGGGGUUAUGCGUUGCCAUGAUGCUGACAAUUAUCAGCCAACAGUUUUAUUGUGUUCUGUUCGAUUCCACCGCUGGCCCGUGUGUUUUAUUGCUCCCGACAGGAGCGUCUGAGAGCUACAGAAAAGUUAGAAGUGGAAUGUGUUUUGAUCGCGCUUUAGUGAUCCUGGGACUUUACGAGGUCCAGCGUGUGUGUGUGAGUGUGUGCUGAUGUGGAGUGAUUGAUGAACACUGAGCCCAGCGUGCUGAGGAGAGACCAGACAGCUGGCAAGAGCUGGGAAGCACAUUCCACCUCCACAUGAUGCAGCCAUGAGGGACAUGUUACAUUGUUUGGGACCAUGAGCUUACUAUGUAUAAUGCCCUUUUUAAGUGUAUGGCUUUACCACAGCGAGCAAAGCUAAUGUGAACAGUGCAUUAUGUCCUUAUUGGGUCCACUUCAUCACACUAUGUUUAUUUUUCUUUUUUUACUUGAAAAAGCUCUGAGAAUUCCACUGAACCUGCUUUAGUUUGUCUUUUGAUUUCAAUGUUGCCUACAAAAACAAGAUUUUUUUUUUUACAAUCCAUGCCACAUUUUGUUUUUGGUGUGGAAUUUUUUUUUCCUGAGAGAAAAUCCUGAUCACACUACAUGCAGUGCAGAAAUGGUCCCUUGGCAAAGUUAAAACUGAAUGAAUAAAUGUGUAUUUGUGUGUGUGUGUGUGUGUGUGUGUGUGUGUGUGUGUGUGUGUGUGUGUGUGUGUGUGUGUGUGUGUGUUUGCCAUCUCUACAUUAUGCAGACCAGUUCAUACAGCCUCUCCCUCAGAGCUGAGUCUUUGUGUAGACCACAACACAGAUUUAACAGCCUCCUGUCCCCUGUCCAAGUCUGUUACUCCCUGGGCUCUCUGGUAUAAACAGAUACUUGAACUACUGGUGGUGCCAGUACAGGAGCUGAAACUGCAGGAAGAACGACUAGUUUGACAUCAGAAGGAGAAAUGUUUGUCACUGUCCUGUUUGGAGAUAGCAAAAUGGAAAUGUUCAAUCUCAACUGUAAGCUGAUAAACUUCAUCCAUAAUUUGAAGGAGAGGUGCGGUCUGGACUUCAAAGAGUGUGUGGACCUGAUGGACAGCAGCGGAAGAGUGAUGAACCUGGAGGCCAAGCAGCACAGUGUGGAUGCAGCCAGCAGCCUGCUGGUAGAGAGACAAUACUACGUCCUCCUACAAGUCUGUCGAGAUGAUGAUACUGGAGAUCGGAAAUAUGUGUCUCUCUUAAACAACUUCAGCCAGAGUCAUCCUGAGUUAACAGAGCUGCUAUGGAAACUGUCAAACCCCGACAAGGAGCAAGACAGAAAGAUCAGUUCUCUGAGGAGAGGGCGCACACAGAGGAGCAGUCCUGCCCACCAAACCAGGAGCAAAAACCUCUCUGGACGUAACAAGAACCAUCCAGUCCAAUAGUUUCUGUACCAGUCAUGUCAGAUUUUUGGAAAAUCUUAAGCAAAACUGUAGACUGAUGUAGACUUCAAACAAUGCAAUAUAUGAAAAAUGAAAUUCUUUGAAUGUAGUUUGA